ACACAGAUCCCUCCUUUCCUUCAUAAUAAAAUAAUUCUCAAUGGAUUUCUUCAAACAAUACGACGACUUUUUAUUGAAAAACGCCUCUCAAAUUACUGGAAUCGAAGCCUCUCUUCGUUCUUUAACGUAUAUCUUGCCAGGUCGUUUCCACGACGCCGAGUUUGCUUCGCAAGCAUUGUAUGCAGCCUUAAACCUACUCGGUUUAUAUCACAAUGCCAUCUUGCGGCAAGCCGCACACAGCCAUGCCGACGAAACUAAAUCCGAGCAUGAAGAAUCAGCAUUCAACAAAUACAUAAACUUUUGGUCGACAAACUCGCCCAUGCACAAACGGUGCUCUGCGUUAUUGUCAAUUAUUUCGUAUACCCAAGUGCUAAUGGAAAUGGGCGUUUUGAAAAAAUGGGGCAAGCAAGCCCAAUGGCGCUGGAUUGCCGCUUUGGAAGCGGUCAAGGUGGCGCUUCGGCUGUCACUCUUCAAACUGACAUCCAACCGUAUGAAUCUGUAUCCGCAUCACUUGCAACGUGAUGUCGAUCCUGCUUCAUUGGAACGGAAUCGUCGGAUGGCUAGCGUGCCGGAACGAUACACCGGUGAACGGUCCGGUGUGGAAAUGCCAUUGAUGCGAUCCACGAUUGAAUUCGAUGCAAAGCAGUCAGCAGCAGCAGCAGCAAGACGUAGCAAUAACAACAAUUCGAACGUGUCUGUGCGCAAGUUUGGCGACGUGACGGAUUACUUGAUGUCCAAGGUCUUGACGCCCGAAAAGCUGCGCCGGCCAGAUCAAAUGGUGCAUAUCAUGAACGCCAUCGGCAAGUCAGGCGAGGUGCUGUAUAUCUUGCGGCCUUUGCUCUAUGUGCUUGCGGUGUUGAAGUAUGGCCGGAUGUCGUGGAAACCCUGGUUGCUGUCGUUGGCAGUUGAAUUGCUGUCGCAGGCCAUGGUGCGCCAGGCGUUUGAGCAGCCGCAUGGAGGACGAUCAAAAAUGAUGCCCCUCGAAAAGCAGGAAUAUGCACGACGGUUGCAGCUGUUAUGGCUCAACUUGUUGCGUGGCGCGUUUUACAUGCGCAUCACCAGACCACGUUUAGAGCGUUUCUGUAACUCCGUGGAAAAUAAGCCGGUCUUGUCUAUCGCUGCAGGUAAAGGAUAGCAGUCUAAAACGAUAGUGGGCAAGCAGUAAUUAGCAGGCUAAUCUAAUAACUACCAUGGCUACUAGGUAUCCUUCGCGACUAUCUUCCUUUGUGGCAAAACAUUUAUUUCUACACCUCUGCUUCAUAAAGAAAUAAACAUCGUUUUCUUUUUUUUGCUCGCACAUUACU